GCGUCGCCGCGGUCUUGGAGCUCAGUGUCCCGCCGCAGCCACCACUCGGAGCUCCCGGGGCAGCGCGGAGCCAAGGGCUGGGCGAGCGGGCAGGCCCGGCGAGCUCGCAGGCAGGGCGAGCGGAGCGGUCAAGGAGAGAGACCAGAACAGCCCCGACCGGGCCAGCGGGGCCGGGACCGAAGGCUUCGGACGCCGUCUCUUGCAAACUUGGGCGCGCGCCGGAGCCAUGAAGAUGGUCGCGCCCUGGACGCGGUUCUACUCGCACAGCUGCUGCCUGUGCUGCCAUGUCCGCACCGGCACCAUCCUGCUGGGCGUCUGGUACCUGAUCAUCAACUCCGUGGUCCUGCUGGUCCUACUGAGCGCACUGGCAGAUCCCGACCAGUAUCACUUCUCAAGCUCUGAACUAGGAGGGGAAUUCGAGUUCAUGGAUGAUGCCAAUAUGUGCAUUGCUAUUGCAAUCUCUCUCCUCAUGAUCCUGAUAUGCGCUAUGGCUACUUACGGAGCGUACAAGCAACACGCUGCCUGGAUCAUCCCGUUCUUCUGUUACCAGAUCUUUGAUUUCGCCCUGAAUACCUUGGUUGCCAUCACAGUGCUCGUCUAUCCAAACUCCAUUCAGGAGUACAUACGACAGCUGCCUCCCAGCUUUCCCUACAGAGAUGAUAUAAUGUCCGUGAAUCCUACAUGUCUGGUCCUUAUUAUUCUUCUGUUUAUCGGCAUUGUUUUGGCGUUUAAGGGUUACUUGAUAAGCUGCGUUUGGAGCUGCUAUCGAUACAUCAACGGCAGGAACUCCUCUGAUGUCCUGGUUUACGUUACCAGCAAUGACACCACGGUGCUUUUGCCUCCGUACAAUGAUGCUACUGCCGUGACCGGCACUGCCAAGGAACCACCACCACCAUACGUGUCUGCCUGAACCCAGUGUGCAGGAAUCGAGGAGCAGCAGUCUAACUCUGCAGCUGCCUGAUGGAUUUAUUGAUCGAUGGAUUUAUUGAUCGGCCCUUUGAGCCUGUUUGCUGAUAAAAUAACCACAUUUUACAAUUUAGAUGUUAACAUUUGAAGCCUCUGUUGUUAGAAACCUCCUCUGUAGCUAGAACACCAGGGUAGCUGUAGAUUAUUUUGGUGGGGGUGGGGUGUAAUGAGCUCCCUUAGUCUGUCCCGGAACUGAAGACAGCCUUUUCAAGAGGCUGGUUUGUAGCUGCCUGGUCCCACAGCUGGGCGCUCGAUCACACUGUUUCUCUCCUUCCCUUCUGACUCUCUUGAAAGCAUAAAAUGAAAAUUAGGCAAUACUCAAACCAUUCCAGUGUAUAGGACAAACCCUGAUACAAAUAAUAUUGGUUGCUCUAAUCGGGUAGUUAGGAGCCCUUGCAUAGGUGAUACAAGAAUUUCCCUGCUAUCUCCAAAUUCAGUGAUGAUCCGAGUUUGCCAGUCAAGGAUUUACUCUGUACCGAAUAAAGACUGAGAAGUAACACCAAACGGUGAGAGAGAGCGGGAACCCCCGCUGCCCAGGGUAUCUGUUGUCCUGCGGUGGCCAGUUUGCCAUCAAAGCUUUUCUCUUGGCCUGUUGUUGCCCCAGCAAAUCUCUCUCUUGCUGCAUCGAGAGAAGUGUUUGUGUCUGGAAGUAUGGAAAAGGGUUUUCACCCUCUCUCCUUUUGCAGGAUACACCCUACCUGGGUUUUGGUUUUGUUUUGUUUUUUUUAAAGUAUGUCUAAUCUAUUGAAAAUGUCAAGCAGUCUUCAGAAAGACGAAGAGGAUGGCUCCCUUGUGGAAUGCUCUAGACCGAAUCGGGAAAGACGGGCUGUGUCUCUCUUGUCUCUGAAAGUUUGUCUCGUCGCUGAAUGUGCUGUACGUGGAGGCUUUGCAAUAAAGGUUUGUCUGCAACCAGGAAAA